AUGGAGAGUGUUCUCAGAUCAGUCAUUGUCCCAUGCCGAAAUGCAAAGUUAGGUUGCACUGAGAAUAUUCCUUAUGGGAGAGACUCAAAUCAUGAGAAGAAAUAUUGCAGAUUCUCUCUAUGUUCUUGCCCUGAAAUCAAAGAAUGCAAUUACACUGGCUUAUACAAUGAGAUCUUAUUCCACUAUCUAGUAUCCCACCUUUUAAAGCCCGAUUGUUUUUUCACCUUUGGUGAACCGAGGAAUGUGCGGAUGGCGAUAAACGAUAAGAAUUUGGUUCUUAUGACGCUUCCAAAGACUUUAUUGUUCGUUGUGCAAUGUUUUAGAGAGCCAAAUGGUGUUUAUGUGGCUUUAAAUAGUCUUGCACCAUUGGGUCCAGAAGUGGAGAAGUUCUCAUAUCGAAUCUCUUACUAUUUUGAUGGAGGUACUUGUAGUCACAAAUUGCCGGAGAUGAAGAGGAUUCUUGAAACAUAUUUUCUCAAAGUUAACAUCAACUGCCAAGGAUGUAAGAGGAAAGUGAAGAAAACACUUAGAAAAAUUGAAGGUGUUUACUCUGUUGAUAUAGACACAGAUCAGGAAGCAGUGAUCGUUAGAGGUAACUUAGAUCCAGAGAUUCUGGUCAAGAAGUUGAACAAAAGAGGGAAACAUGCUCAGCUUAUGUUCUUGACACCUUACCAUAAGGACCAGUACUUUGGUAAUCAUCAAGCUGGUCUUAAUCAUGACAACAGAAGCUUGGGGAACACACAAUACAAUUUCGGAAGUAAUCACAACAAUGUCCCAAGUUACGAAAGGCAGAGUCUUCUUAAUCAUCAGAGUGAUGAAGAGAUGAUGAUGAUGAUGAACAUGAAACCUGUGAUGAUGAACGAUGCAGAUUACUUCGAAAUGAGUGAUUCACCUGAAGAUUUCCAAGAGCUAUUUGGAGAAAUACCGCAAAGACACAACAACAACUAUGGAGAAGUGAAACCAAAUCUGAUGAGGGACAUGGAUCUUGGAUAUUCUAAUGCAUACCCUGCAACAGAAGCAAUGAACAUGCAGAUUGGAGGAAGAGUAAAUAAUAUGAUGGUGACUGAGAGAGGUUUCAAUGGUCAGAUGAUGAAUGAGAGAGGUUUCCAUGGUCAGAUGAUGACUGGUCCAUCUCUUGUUCCUCAGUCUAUGAAUCAUGAACAGUUCAGCUCAAGACCACUUCAGUCUAUGAGUCACGAACAGUUCAGUUCAAGACCAGUUCAUGGCUUUUACUACUGAUUGAAGAAGUUAGUGGAUAAAGUUAGCUUAACUAUAUGUGUGUUUUCACUUUUCACUACUUGAGAGUUUAUUUCAAGCAUAGUAGUAUAGUCUUUUCUUGGUUCAAUGUUGUUUAGAGUGUUAAAGAACAAAGUAUGUUACUACAUUAGCUAAAAACUAUACUUAGUACUGGUAACAAUCUUAAAGCUAAAUCAUCAGCAGAGUUAUGCACCCAUAUUAUCAAAUUUCCCUUUGAAACUCCAUUAUUGCAAUCCCCAUUGUUAUGGCCCAUGAGUUUUAUUCAGUUCGUUGGCCGAGUUCGGUUUGGUUAAUCACUUAAG